GCGCCUUCGCUGAGGAUGGGAGCGCCCCUGCUCCCCUGGCUGCUGCUGCUGCUGCUGUCCCACCCUGCCCACGCAGCCAUCCUGGAGGUGAACGGGAACCUGAGCUGUCGGUGUGCCAAGACAACCUCGGAAUACAUCAGUCCCAAGAAAUACGAGAGCAUUGAGAUAAGGCCCGUGGGCAGCAGCUGCAGGCGCACGGAGAUCAUCAUUAAGUUAAGAACCUCAGGGAAGGUGUGUGUGAAUCCCGAAGCCCCCUGGGUGAAGAAGCUGCUGAAGCGCAUUGCCAGCACGAAGAAAUAAAAGGUUUCCUGCUAAGGAAGUUGGUGCCCAGAGCCCCGAGGCAGGUUGGCAGAUGAUGCCCAGCAAUCCUGGAAGCCAACGGCAACCGGAGCUGCCGCUGCCUCAAGAGCACGCGAGCCUUCAUCCCUCCCGAGAUGUACAGCAGCGUCGAGGUGUGGCCCGUGGGGAGCAGCUGCCGGCGCCCCGAGGAUUACGCUCAAGAGCCUGAAGAGGGUCUGCGUGGAUCCUGACACGCCGUGGAUGAGGAAACUCUUGCAGGACCUCCCUCACCUGAGGAAGAAGAAGGCUCCCCGCUGAGGAAGCUGCCACGACAAGCACGGCCGGAUGUGCUGGGCCCAAAACUGCCUCCCUUCCCCAUCCUGCUGUUGCCUUACCCCAGUCCAGGGGGAAGCAUGCUGCUGCCUGAGCCCCUUUUAAUGCCUUUAAACCCUUAAAAUGCCCAUCCCUGCUUCCAGCCUCUCCAAUCCCAUAGCCAUGUGCUGCGAGUCCCUUUUGGGCGUGACCCAGCAGGCCCAAUAAAGGUGGCAGCCCGCUGUC